AUGGAAAUAGGAACUCCAGGCAUCGCCUGCCCGCAGCACUCGGACGAGCUGUGCGAGAGCUGCCUGGGCAAGACCACCCUGACGGCCGAGAACGCCGUGGAGGCCAACAAGCUCUCCAACAACUACAAGUUCGGCUUCAAGAAGUGGAAGAGCCACGUGACGGCGCGGCCGUGGGAGGACCGCUCGGAGAUCGUCAAGGAGCUCUACUCCGACCUCAACGUCAUCAAGGGCUCCGGAGGCUCCACGGUGACGUGUGGCAACGUGCUCUACACGGAGGUGCCGCUGGAGGCCGAGGUGAUCCUGUGCUGCUACCGCGCCGUCAACGCCUACUACUACAAGUACACCGUGGACGGCAUCAACGUCUUCGCCGUCAACCUGCUGCCGCUGGUGGUGGUGACGCUGGUGCUGGGCUACGUGGACGGGCGCAACCGGCUGACGAGCUCACCCGUGAAGUUCACCCUGGCCCUGCUCUCCAUCAUGCCGCUCUCCUACUACAUCGGCAUGGCCAUCGCCAGCAUCUCGGCGCAGAGCAACUUCGCGGUGGGGGCGGUGGUGAACGCCACCUUCGGCUCCAUCACGGAGCUCACCUUCUACAUCACGGCGCUCAUCAAGGGCGCCCGCGAGGGCAACAAGUGCUACGAGGAGAUCGUCAAGGCGGCGCUGACGGGCACCCUCGUGGGCUGCGUCCUCCUGGUCCCGGGCUUGUGCAUGGUCAUCGGAGGCAUCCGGCACCAGGAGCAGCGGUUCAACAGCCGCUCGGCGGGCGUCAGCUCGGCCCUGCUCUUCCUCUCCGUGGGAGGGGAGGGUGGGGGCGCCGCUGGCAAAAAAAAAACGCUCUUCUCCAAGGUGUACGGGAAGUUGGUGUGCGGCGAGUGCCACAACGUCACCCAGAACCCGCUGGGCCGCUACCUCUGCCACAGCUGCCACUUCGACCUGAUGCACAGCAACGGCACCCUCUACUACAGCCACGUCCAGCCCCUGGUGUACACGGUGUCCCUGCUGCUCCCCACUGCCUACCUCAUCGGCCUCUUCUUCACCCUGAAAACUCACUCGCACAUCUACGACAUCCACAUCAGCGACUGUCACAUGCCCGGCCACCACCACAGCGCCAUGGUCCACUGGUCUCGGUGGAGGGCCCUGCUCAUCCUCCUGCUGUCCACGCUCUGCAUGUCGGCCUGCGCCGACCUGGCCACGGAGCACAUCAGCCCCAUCCUCACCAGCUCCACCAUCUCCCAGUACUUCAUCGGCGUCACCGUGCUGGCCAUGGUGCCCGAGCUGCCCGAAAUUGUCAACGGGAUCCAGUUCGCCCUGCAGAACAACCUGAGCUUGAGCAUCGAGAUCGGGAACUGCAUCGCCGUCCAGGUGUGCAUGCUGCAGAUCCCCAUCCUGGUGCUCUUCACCAUCUUCUACCCCACAAACUUCACAUUGGUCUUCAGCGAUUUGCACGUCUACGCCAGCAUGUUCAGCGUGGUUCUCAUGAACUACAUCUUCAUGGAUGGCAAGUGUGAUUACUUCCAAGGCACCGUGCUGGUGAUGGUCUACUUCAUCCUCUUGGCCGUGUACUUCUUUGCACCUUCUCCCAGUGGCUGCUGAGGCCGGGCUGGGCUUCCUGCA